AUGACCAAAUUUUUCGUGGCCACCUUGUUCGUUUUCAUCCUCAACUCCGCGUCUGUAGUCAACGCGCAGUCGACCAUUGAGGAAAUAUGCGGCAGCGUUCAGUCGGUGGUUGGUUGCAACGCCAUCAUAACGCUUCCUACAGGCUUUGAUGUCAAAUACUGCAAGAAUAAGUUCGUAAAGACGAACCCUUGCAAGAGUAAAGUCUCGUUCACAACACUCUGCCCGACGCUUCGCAAGCCAGGACGAACAUGUACUACCACAAAAUCACGGUUCGACGAGUUCACCAUUGAUAUUCCUUGCGGUCUGAAUUUGAAGACGGAAAAAGUCAACAUCUGCAACAAGAUCCGCCAGGCGCUACCCGGUGGACAAGAUCUGAUCGCAAAAUCUAUGGCAAUGUGUGAAUGUCUGCCAGCCGUACUCGCGCUCGGCGGUGAAGCCGCAAUCGAUGAUGUCGAAGUUUCCGAUUUUUCCUCGGGAACUUCCAGGCUACUCGCUGCAUUUGCCAAGUACUCAAAGUGCCUCGCAGACAACGGAUUUGCCAUUCGUGACGACAAAUCGAACCUUGAAGCCCCGGGAGGAGAUUUGUCCACGUCCGAUGGCUGGAUUGUCAUCAGGGCUCUUGAGAUCGACCUUUCGCUGUAUAUCCAGCUUGCAGAAGCGAUUGUACUCUGCGCAUACUCUAGAGAAUGUAACGAGAUUGGGACAGUCCUCACGAACUAUGCCCAAGACUCCGUCAAUUUCAUGUCCGAUUCUUUGAAAUCGGCCAUCAUUGCCCCAUGGGAAAACCUUCUGAACGGUAUCAACUCGACGGUAACCAAUCUAGGGAAUAAUCUCCCUACACUGGCAACAAAUUUCAUCGCUAUCCAGACCGAGGUCUUGAAUGUUCAGAAUCAGCUCUGUCAAACCACCGAGCAAUGUCUAGAGCCCUCUGUCAGUGACUUCUACAAUAAAGUUACCGAGACUAUUUCGAGGGCCGAGCCUUUCUACCAAGUCCAAGCGUCUGUCGCGGAGUUUCUCAGCGCGGUCAAGCGCAUGAAAGACAUCCUUGAUAACAGGGCCGCCGAUUUCAGCCUAUCGGCCGACCCUCAGAGUAUGAUCGAAUUGGUUACUUCCGGACAGUUCAGGCAAAUCCGCCAGGUCGUGGAGAUCUUCAAAAUAGCGAAAGAGCUGCCCGAAUUCGUCAAGAGCCUAGGAGACAAUCUCAACCUGGGCACCAACUUCUUGCCCGACCUGUCGCUGCAGACCACCGAGCUGGAGGAAUCGCUGCUCGCGACGACGUCUCCAAAUUGGCUCAACGGCCCACUGACCACCAACGCGAGCCUCUCAGACGCACGCGACAGCAUUCAGAGGGUACAAGCAAUGCUGAGAGACCAGGUCAACCUCGUCCGCAGCGUAACCUCCAACAUCAACGGGGCGUACGGGAGGCUACAGCAAUUGCCGUUCCACGGCGCGGAGAUUGUCGUGCAUCCGGGCGUGGCCAGCUACAGACGGUGGAGCGAGGUGUCGAUGGACUUGGUUUGCUCCAAGAUGACGACGCAGCGGUAUAAUUACCCUGGACUCAAGUCCAUCUCGUUUGACUACCCCGAGUUCAAGACCUGUCGUUAUGGCCCGAAGCGCGUGAGCUGGCCGAACCACCACAUCCCGUACAUCAAGCUGAAGUUUAGCGCUUAG